AUGAGCGGCGACGGCGUGGUUUGCUCGGGCUGGCUCCGCAAAUCGCCGCCGGAGAAGAAGUUACGGAGAUGCGCAUGGAAGACACGAUGGUUUAUCCUUCGCAGCGGAGACCCAGGUGUCCUAGAAUACUACAAAAACAAUCACUCCAAGAAGCCUCUGCGUGUGAUCAACCUCGGUUUUUGUGAACAAGUGGAUGCUGGGUUGACCUUCAACAGGAAGGAGCUUCGGGAUAGUUACGUCUUCGAUGUCAAGACCAGUGAAAGGACCUUCUACCUGGUUGCUGAAACAAAGGAGGACAUGAACAAAUGGGUGCGCAAUAUUUGUCAAAUCUCUGGGUUCAUCCAGUCUAAAGACCGCUCAGAUUCAUUGCGAAAUAUUCCUCUUGUGAGUCAUGGUCCGCACUCAUCCCCCACGGAGCUCAGUGGCUCCAACCAACGGUCGUUGAGAGAACGAAGGACAUCCGCUCCGUCGCACUCAAGCCAAUCCACCCUCUUCACUUCUGAGUCACCUCCUAAUCAUAUCCGGACCACACUUCCCACCAGUGCUGCUCGCGACUCUCUCUUCCUACACCAGCAAUCAGAAAACACUAGGAUUGCAAGUUUCUCUCAAGCUACAAGGUUCUUCAUGAGAAGCAACCCACCGGUUCAGAAACUGUCUCAGGAGAACGGGCACUACAUCAACCGGGUGGGCGGGCGAGUCCAUGCCUUCUACGGUGUGCCCAAGCCAAGCUGGCACAACUCGGAGCUCAGGGGCAGUGCCUAUGACUUGCCAAGAAGUUUUGGGUGCUACGCCCACACCAAGUUGAGCCGCACCAGCUCAGAAACAUCAGAGAUUGAGGAGGUCUACACCUUCAAGACCCCCAACAGCACCCGUUGCAAAGACUUUGGGGAGCUUUCCACCGACUCCUGCGACAUUCCCGGCGCCCCUCUGUCAAUUCAUCAGACCCCAAGGGCCUGCAUGCUGUACAAAAACCACAAUGCCUUGACGGUGGCUUCUGGGGACACGGCGGCAACUCCCCCACCCAGGCCUCCCAAACUAGGGCAGGCAGAAUCCUGCUGGGGCAGCCCCCAACAACGCCUGAUGGACGGCAGAGGCCUGAGCGUGAGUCCAGUGGCCACUACCACUCCCAGAAGGAACAUGCUGCCAGCAGUGGGGAACUGCAGGCUACUCCGAGCUUCUUCCCGUGAAACCCACAAACAUCCCCAGCCCAGCAGCGGUGGCACAGUGCCGUCAGCAGAGUCUGCAGUUGUCGGGCCCAGUUCAUACCUGCAAAACAAAACUCUGGUGGCUCGCUCCCGUAGCGUGGACUCCGAGGACGACUACGUCCCUAUGAAUCCAGUUCCUUCGCUCCUGCAGAACACGGAGCGGCCUAAUGACAGCUCCCAGCACCUUUACGGCCCGAUGAGUCCCGGGCCGCACCAGCUUGACUUGAUGGGAUGCUCCUCGUCUGCCUUCCCAGCUCAGAAAGGCAGCAGCAGCUCACAGCCGUUGAGGCGGAUGGGUGAAAUCCAGCCCCCGCAGGUCAACCGCAACCUUAAACCAGAUCAAAAAGGAAAACCAGCCACACUUGACCUGAGGGGCAAUUCAGUCAUCCGUGAACUUCCCUUUAAAUCUCCGGUCACAAACUUGUGGUCUAGGCCUGGCCAGACCUUCCACUCCAACUUUUCUCAAUAUUGUCGCCCCACCUGUGCCCAGAGCAUCACCAGCACCAACUCGGGAGGUAGCGCAGAAGAUUAUGUGCCCAUGCAAAACCUACUUUCUGCGUCUCCCGUUCCUGGUGGGAAAAGCAGUCCGGCGCCAGAGAAGAGCACAGCAAGCGGUAACUACCUGGUCCUGGACUUCGAGCUGAGCUCACCUGGUCCUCAUCAAAAGCCCCCCACGUCAUCUGUCGCCUCUGACGAGAAGGUGGAUUACAAGCAGGUGGACAAGGAGAAGACGCAGGCUUUGCAGCGCACGAUGCAGGAGUGGGUCAACGUCCGGCAGUCAUCUGAGCCCAGCAAGAUGGUGAAGCAGUAG